GGUUUUUUCCUCACGGUAGAGCAAAAUAUUCUUGCCCAUUUGAAAUUUGGCAGUAUAUUCUUCUGUUUUAAGAGUGAAACUGGAACUCAGAGAGAGUGAAGAAGAUGAUGUUGGCAACGCCAGUUAUUCAAAUGCCCACAAUUAGUGCAGUUAAGGCGGUUUUCUCCUCAAAUCCGAACCAACAUCCAUUUCUUCGCCCACAUUUGGUUGGCUUUUGUUUGAGAAAGCCCAAAUUCCCUUCCACCACUCGAACAACCCUUUUUUGCUGCAAAUCUCAGCUUCAAGAUUUUGCCCCUCUUACUUCCGCUGCCUAUGGAACCCUUCUUUUCUCCGGCGGUCUCUUUGCCUUUACUAAAUCUGGGAGUAAAGGCUCGCUCUUUGGAGGCCUCACUGGAGCAGCUCUUAUGGCAUCUGCUUAUUAUCUUAUGCAGUCAACAGAAACAAAAGCAAUUGGUGAUGCCCUUGGUUUUGGGGCUGCCUUCCUUUUCUCCUGUGUAUUUGCCUAUGUGGUUACUACUAUAGGGAUACGAUUGGCGGCCACUCGGAAACCGAUUCCCGCAGGUCCUUUAUUAGGUCUUUCUAUCUGUGCAUUGGUUGUGUUUACCUCAGCUUAUUUGCAAGAUCGUCUUUGAUCCUUUGUCUUUUCUAUUUGGCACAAUACCUCCUUGAAAGUAAUUAUCCCUUGUUAAUGGAGAACAUUAGGCAACUUUAACAUGAUUUAUAUUCCUGUUCAGAUUUACAGCUGAAAUUCAUUGACCUAUAUCUGUCUUAUUUGCAUCUAAA